AUGGGUCUUUUGAAAAUCAUCAAGAAAACUAAGGCUAAGGAAAAGGAGGUGCGUCUCCUUAUUCUAGGUUUAGAUAAUGCUGGAAAGACUACUAUCCUGAAGAAAUUCUUAGGAGAGGACACAUCAGAGAUUGCACCAACUCUUGGCUUCUAAAUCAAGACAAUUGAACACAACAAUUUCAAAUUAAACAUUUGGGAUGUUGGCGGUCAGACAACAAUCAGAUCCUACUGGAGAAACUACUUCGAAUAGACUGAUGGUCUCAUUUGGGUUGUUGAUUCAGGAGACAAACUUAGAUUAGAGGACUGCAAGGCUGAACUACAAAAGCUGCUCAUGCAAGAGAAACUUGCCGGAGCAACAUUACUCGUGUUCUGUAACAAACAGGAUAUUGCUGGAGCCUUGAAUCCUAAGGAGAUCAGAGACUUCUUAGAGGUCGAUAAGAUUGAGGGUAGACAUUGGAGUAUAUUCCCAUGCAGCGCAAUGACAGGUGAGGGACUACUCGAAGGAAUCGACUGGUACAGCAAAGACUGCUACAAUUACUUCUAAAUCUAUCUCAUGGUAUUCUCAGUAAGUCUAGGAGCAGCUUAUACCGGAUAUGAAAGUGGAAUAGCAUGUGGGAUACUACUCUAUAUUGAAAAAGAUUACCCUGAUAUAACUAUUCAGCAAAAAUCAAACUUCGUUAGCUUUUUAGUGUUUGGUGGUAUAUUUGGAGCAUUUAUUGCUGGAAGUGUUGCAGAGAAAAUAGGCAGAAAGCUUACUAUUAUCAUUUCAAUCCUAGUUAUGAUUAUCGCAAAUGUAAACCUCGUAGUAUUAUAAGAUAUUGACUUGCUGGGCAUUAUGAAGAUACUCUAAGGCUUAGGAUGUGGAAUCAACAUGAUGAUUGGCUAAGUAUAUAUUUCAGAGACAACACCUAUGAUAGCUCGAGGAUCUGCCGUAUUAAGCUAUAUUCUAAUAAUCUUCUUUGGCUUUAUUCUAGCUCAUGUUUCUAGUCUUAUUAACGCAUAUAAAAUCAAGCUUAUAUUAUCCCUUGGCCUAUUUCCUUCAAUAUUGUCUUUCCUGUUAUUUAUAACUACUUAGAAAGAAUCUCCAACAUACGUAGCUUAAAAAGGUACUCCAGAAUAGGUCUUUACAAUUCUUAGAAAAUUCUACAAUAUCGGCCAUUAAGAUGGAUAGAAAGCCCUUGAGGGAUAGUAUAACGAGAUCACUGAAUAGCUACUGUUGUCUAAAACUUCAUCUGAUAAAUCUCUAGUUGAACUUUACAAAGAGCUAUUUUCAAAUUAUGGAUGGAAUUUGUUCCUUGCAUUUACUCUUCAUUUCUUAUAGAAUCUUACUGGAUUCAAUCUUAUCUAGAAUUUUGGACCAGCUAUACUUAAGGAUGCAGGAAUGGCAGGUGGUAGCAAUGAAAGUUUACUCUAUAGUAUGCUUUACUUAACGUCGAUAAUUUUUGUGUUUACAUUUAUCGGAGUAAACUUAUCCAAUAAAUAUGGGAGAAGACAAUUGAUGUUAGUAACAACUAUACCAUUAGGAUUCUCGCUAAUUCUAUUAUGUGGAGCUCUAGGAUUAUCUAUAAUUACUGAUGGGGAAUCCAAAUUCGCUGCAUGGCUUUGCAUCAUCAGUUUAUCAUUAUAUCUAAUGAUCUUCUGUGUUGGAUAUGCAUCAGUACCUUGGAGUGUUUAAACAGAGAUUUUCCCAAUGCAUUUAAGAGGUAUUGCAAAUGCUAUGUGUACAACCUCCAAUUGGGUUUCCAAUUGCCUACUUCUAAUGGUAUUUUUGCAAGUUACGAAGACUGAAACAGGAAAGAUUAUAUCCUACUCAAUAUUAGCUUCAGCAUGCUUCGUUUCUUUCUUUUUUGUUUACAGAUUUUUACCAGAAACUAAAGAUAAGCCUCUAGAUGUCUGCGUCCGGUAAAUAAUCCUAGCAAGGAAAUAAGGAUGUAAAAACCUAGACGAUACAAAGAGCUCUGGACUACUUAAUUAAAAAUUAGAUGAUCAUAUUUAACUUAUACAAAAAUCACCAUCUUCAGCAGCAACUUUAAAGGAGAAUGAUAACCAGCUAUGA